CAGGCCCAGGAAGGACCCACUGGGGUACUUCCGCUUCCUGUAGCACCAGAUAAGUCGCGAGAGGAAGCUUAAAUACAGUCGUUUGGUUUGCAUUUAGGACCACUUCGGUUCACGAUGGUCCGGAGUGGAAAAAAUGGUGACCUUCAUCUUAAACAGAUUGCAUAUUAUAAGCGAACUGGUGAAUAUCAUUCAACUACACUACCAAGUGAGAGAAGUGGCAUUAGAAGAGCAGCAAAAAAAUUUGUCUUCAAAGAUAAAAAGCUGUUUUAUGUUGGAAAAGACAGAAAACAAAAUCGUUUGGUAAUUGUUUCAGAAGAGGAAAAAAAGAAAGUCCUAAGAGAAUGCCAUGAAAAUGACACUGGAGCUCAUCAUGGCAUAUCCAGAACCCUCACUUUAGUGGAAUCCAAUUACUAUUGGACUUCUGUGACCAAUGAUGUCAAACAGUGGGUAUAUGCUUGUCAGCAUUGCCAAGUGGCAAAAAAUACAGUUAUUCUAGCACCUAAACAACACCUUCUCAAGGUGGACAAUCCAUGGAGUAUAGUUACUGUUGAUCUGAUGGGACCUUUUCAUACAAGCAACAGCAGUCAUGUAUAUGCUUUAAUCAUGACAGAUUUGUUUACAAAAUGGGUUAUGAUUUUGCCUCUGUGUGAUGUUUCAGCAUCAGAAAUUUCUAAAGCUAUUAUCAAUAUAUUUUUCUUAUAUGGACCUCCUCAGAAAAUAAUAAUGGACCAAAGAGAUGAAUUCAUUCAACAGAUCAAUGAUGAACUAUAUGGAUUAUUUGGUACAAAACAGAUUAUAAUUCCUCAUGCCUCUGGAACUGUUAAUCCAACCGAAAGUACUCCCAGCACAAUCAAAACAUUUCUUUCCAAAUACUGUGCUGACCAUCCCAACAACUGGGAUGAGCACCUAUCAGCUCUUUCAUUUGCCUUCAAUAUAACUCACUUGGAACCUACUAAGAAUACACCGUAUUUUCAAAUGUUUAACCGAAAUCCUUAUAUGCCAGAGACUUCGGAUAAUCUUCAUGAAGUGGAUGGUGGUAAUACAAAUAUGUUUGCUAGAAUUCUAGAUGCAAUUAAAGAAGCUGAUAAAAUAAUGGAGAAUAAGACAACUUCAGUGGGCCAGAUGGAGAACAACAAUUUAGAUGACCUAAAUAAAAGCAAAAUCAUUGUUAAAAAGAAACCAAAGCAAUUAAAUCCAUUUCAUUUAAAAGUGGGUCAUGAAGUUUUAAGACAAAGGAAAAAUUGGUGGAAGGAUGGUCGUUUUCAAUCUGAAUGGGUUGGUCCUUGUGUCAUAGACUAUAUUACAGAAAGUGGAUGUGCUGUCCUCAGAGACAAUACUGGAACUAGGCUUAAAAGACCUAUCAAAAUGUCCCACCUUAAGCCUUACAUAAGAGAAUCCAGUGAACAAGACAGUCUUUAUCUCUUGCAAGGUUCAGUAGUGACAGAUCAUGACUACAUUGGAUUGCCUGAAAUUCCAGUUGGAGCCUACCAAGCAAAUAUUCUUGUAGAAGAUGCACCUAUUGGUAUAGUUGACAAUGAGUUACUAACAUCAAGCAAGGAUCGUGAACUGUUAGAAUAUAGAAAUGCCAAAACUUCUCCAUUGAUAGAAGAUCAUGGUACUCUUGAAAAGCAGACUUUCAGUCUGUUGGACACUUCAAACCAAGUUCUUGAGUACUUAAGUUAGUAAAUACCAAAAUUAAUUUUUAAGUACUUAUUUAGAAUGUAUAAAACCCCUUGAGUCUUGAUAUUUUAUCUAUUAAAUUGUAUAGAAGUAUCUUCACACUCUGAAGGCAAAAUCCUGAAAGUUUGUUUUACAAUGGUUUAUUUAUAUAAAGUUGUGCUACAUUUGAGUAUCAGUGUGUGUGUGUGUGUGUGUGUGUGUGUGUGUGUGAGAAAGAAUUCAGUUUUUAUUUUAAAUAGAGAAUGGGUAAAGCACCUUUGCUUGUUAUGAAUUAAAUUCUAGUUCAAAACUCUCAAAUUUUGUCUGUUAUUGGUAUUGCAUUUUCAGUUUUAGUUUCUCUCCCUUUUAAAACAUAAAUUUUAACUACCUAGAAUGGGAUUAAUAAAUAUUGGAUGAACUGUAA